AGAUUGAAUGAUGAACUAAAAGAUCCUGCAGUUGGGAAUUGGUUUAGAGAAAUUUUGACACAUUUGAUGACUGUUAGGAGAAAGAUGUAGACAUCUGUAGCAUAGAUGACAACUGGGAAUUUCAAUGCAAUAACUUGCUUGAGGUAAUGUGUUGAUGAAAUGAUACAGUUGAUAGGGCAAUAAAGGCUAAAGACAAAUUUGAAAAACUGGAAGGUAAGAAAGAUGGUGGGGACCAUUAUCAAAUGGCUAAGCAGCUAGGCAACUGAUAUCCUAGGCUAAGGGUGAGAUAGAAAGGAAAAGAUUUGUGCAUGUCAUGCAACAUAAAAAUCAGAAGCACGAAAUGCUCAGAACUGCGAGGUAGUGGGUGAAAAGGAACAGGGACGUCAUUGAUAAGAAACGUAUCUGGAAUGCCAACAAUAUGUAGAACGAAAAACUAGCAUGGAAGUGGUAAAGAGGGUAUACAUUAUGCUGACGCCACAGAGGGACUGGCAAUUCAAGUUGAAAGCAGCAAGGUAGAUAAAGUGAAAGACAACAAAAGAGACAGUUGCAGAAGUGUUCAAAAUAUGUGUACUACAAUGGCCUGCAAGACUCCCGAAACUUUGGAAGAAAUUCAUUAUCCAACUUGUGAAGAUUCCUUGAGUGAAAAAACUAGUGUCAGUUAUCAGUCAUAUAUUGCUCUUUUAGAUGAAAUGACAAAUCUGAGGAAAAUAAUAGACUCCUGUAAGAAUUUUUCUGAAAAACCUGUUAAGUUUGAUGCUUGUAUGCAGACAACAGAAGCAUUAGAAUAUGAAGAUAUGCUACGUUGUUUGGCUUCUGCUUAUGAUGCAAAACAAGAAGACUGCAAGAAACUAGAAAUGAAACUGAAAGAUUCUGAAGAAAUAAUCAAAGAACUCUAUGAGAAGCUGGAUAAAGUAAUGCAAGACUUGAAGUCUGAGAAAGAAGAAUGUAAUCAUUUGAAACAAUUAAACAUGGUGACUGGAACACUUAAUACUAUGAUGGCAUCCCCCAGCAGAAGCUGUUCUACUGCAAGUCAACUGCAUUCUAAGCCAUGCCGUCAACCUUCUGAGCUGCGAGUCGAUUGUGCACCGAUGAGCACUGUUAGAAACUAUGAAUGUUUAGUUUGUCAGCAAACCUUCAACAACGAGGCAGAUUUGAAAGAACAUCAGAAGAGAUAUCAUUUAAACAAAUGAGUGUAUGUAUAAAUAGUGUGGUUAGACAUUGCUUUUUUCUGUGUAACACAUCAAAGUGCACAAUAUGCUCUCACCAUAGCAUCAUUCUAUAUUGACUUUUGAUGCAAACAUUUUUACCAAAGCUGACUGAAGAUGACAAAAUCCAAAUUCCUGGAUUUUAGCAUGAAACCAUAGUAUGGAAGUAAUGAUACACACAUGCACACACACACACACACACAUACACACACACACACACACACAUACACACACACACACAAACAUGAAUACACACGCACGCGUGCACGCACACACAGAAGUAUACAUAUGAGAAGUCUUUUUCAGCUUCCAUAUACCAAGGUUCCAUUCACUCACAAGGCUUUGAUUGGCCCAGGGUUAUAGAAGUCAUGCACUCAAGGUGCUGUACAGUAGGAUUGAACCCAAAACUACAUGGUUUGAAAGGAAACUUUCUUUUCUUUAACCAUAAUGUGUCUGUUUGACUGCAUGGCUGUGUGGUUAAGAAGCUUGCUUCCAACCAUGUGGUCCCCUCUGCAUGACGCCUUGGAUGGGUGUCUUCUAUAGCUUGGGCUGACCAAAGCCUUGUGAGUGGAUUUGGUAGACGGAAACUGAAAGAAGUGUGUUGUAUAUGUUUAUAUAUAUUUAUAUAUGUACCCCUUGUUUUUACAUCAUGUGAUAAUGGUAAAUAAGCAUCACUGUCAUACAAUUGAUGCUGUUCAUUUUUCUGUUCUCUCUCAUGAAAUAUUACUUUGCUUGGAAGUAGGUGAGGGUUGGCAAUAGGAAGGAUAUUUGUCACAUUGAAAAUUUGCUUCAAUAAAUUUCAUCUGCUCUACCAUUCAAUCACGAAUAAGAGAACAUUAAAUGAACAAUAGGUUACACACACACACACACAUACAUACUUUACAUGCAUAUAUAUAUAUUUAUAUACAUAUAUACACACACAUAUAUACACAUAGAUAAGUACAUACAC